AGAAGAAGAGGGGGGAACAGAACGGGAGAGACAAGCGGCGCCAUUAUUGUAAGGGGUUACAUUUAGCUCGCCGUGGGUUGUAGUACGCGGCGUUCGGGAUAGGGGGCUAUAGUACCUUCAUGCAUGGCCCAUAAAGGAUUCGUCGACUAUCCGAGAAGUACGCAAGAAACGGCUUCUAACACCUGACAGGGGCCACGCUCUUCUCUUCUCUCUCCUCGUGCCGUCGUCGGGUUCUCAUCGUCGCCCAAUUUCCGAGUUGGGACUACGAGUUGGGUCGUCCGGGGUGGGUCCGAAUUGUGAAGAAAGACCCGCUGCUUUAUCGCCGAUUUUUAUUUCCGAUACCGGGUGGAUUCGGUAAUUCCUGGGAGGGCGCGCGAUUACGAAUUUGAGCGAGGGUUCGGAAAUUUUCACGAACACGGGGAUCUCCGGCACAAAGAGAUCCGUGGGCUCUCCUGGCUCCGAGAGAGAGAAACCGGAGAGGAGGGACAUGUCAUUUGCCAUCGCGGACGGUCGGUGAUUCGUGGUCCAGUCGUUUCCCAGUGACCGCAUGCAUCCCGCCGCGUUCGGUAUUGUUGUUGUGAUAAUGUGCUGAGAGUUGCAUAAGUGGUACCAGUAAAAGUGGACGCUGAUUGCUGAUAAAGAAGGAGAUAGUGGACGGGCGCGGGGAAAAAGCAAUUAAUCUUCUUGGAACAGGCACCAACAAAAAAAGAGAGUGUUUGCGCGCGUCAUUCUUCCCUGAAGAGCAAGAGAGGGAGAGAGAGAGAGAGCCCUGUUUUCCUUGACGUGGUUCCGAGAGAUACCAGUGUAUGUAUUCGUGAUCUGUGCCGAGAUUGCCAAUUAUGCAAUGAGGUAUCAGCAGCAGCAGCCGCCGAUGGACGUGUCAUCGCGGUGUCGGUGUUGAGGCACUCGUCCCGGUGAUCCCUUGGAUCCGGGCGUGUCUUCGGCAUCGGGUCCGCAUCGGCACCGACAGCGGCCCCGAUAUGAGUACGAAAUUCAUAAUUGAUAGUAUGCUACCUGCUAAGUACCAACAAUUUCAUCCGCAACAGUUGUUCUCAAGCGCGAAUCCAGGUAGUAUCCAGGCGUGCACGACGAGUCCGGCCACCGCGAGUCUAGAAUCGAGUCUAUCCGCGGCUGCAGUUGCGGCCGCGGCAGUCAAUUACGCCCAGCAGCACAACUCGCCGAGCCCGACGGGUUCGAGUCCCCAGCACUCGGGUAGCUCCGCAUCGACAUCACCGGCGGCCCGCACCACCUCCGGAAUGUAUCCCUACGUAUCCGCCGCAGCGGCGCAUCAUCAUCAUCAGCAGCAGCAGGCGGUCGCAGCCGCCGCCUUCGGCGCCACGUCCAGCAUGGUACCCGGUUUCGGGUCCACCGCGGCGUCCAGCGCUGCCCUGGCGGCCGCCGCCGCCGUCGACGCCGCGACCGCCGGAGACAAAUCCUGCCGUUACACCGCCAGUUUAACCGGGAAUGUCGCACCCGCGUCGGCCGACCCGAUGGUUAACUAUACCCUGGGUCACCAUCAUCAGAACGGCGCUACACCCGGUAGCCUCGUCUCCUCCGCGUCCGCAUCCUCGGCGGUUUCCGCUGCCUCGGCCUCCAUGGCCGCGGCGGCACAGUUCUACCAUCAGGCGGCCGCCGCGUCGGCCGUCGUUGAUCCCUUGACGUCCUGCCAACAACCCACCACCGGUCAACCCGGGAUCUCGGACAUACCUCGGUACCCCUGGAUGUCCAUCACCGAUUGGAUGAGUCCAUUUGAUAGAGUCGUGUGCGGUCCGAACGGCUGUCCAAGGCGCAGAGGCCGGCAAACGUACACGCGGUUCCAAACGCUGGAAUUAGAAAAAGAAUUUCAUUUCAAUCACUAUCUGACGCGACGGCGACGAAUAGAGAUCGCCCAUGCGCUCUGCCUGACGGAACGACAGAUCAAGAUCUGGUUUCAAAAUCGGCGAAUGAAGCUGAAAAAGGAGUUGAGAGCGGUUAAAGAGAUCAACGAGCAGGCCAGACGCGAACGCGAGGAGCAAGACAUGAUGAAGAAACAGCAGGCGGAGAAACAGGCCAAGUUGCAGCAGGAGCAGCAGAGCGCCGCCCUUCAGCAUCAGCAGCAGCAUCACGUAAGCGGCUUGGAAAAGACGCAAAGCGAUCUUCUGAAGGCAGUCAGUAAGGUACCCACAUAGGAUACCUUACUGAGCCGACUCUCUUUCUUUUAAGGAAGACACAAGAGACUGGAGCGGCCUGGACGAAGACUCCGAAGCGAAGUAGUUGGUAAACACGGCUAUGGUAAGGAGAUCCUGAGUUCUCUCCCUCUCACACGCCUUCGCACGCGGGAAAACAGGUACGAAACAUACGAUGCGAAAGAUUUUUGCGAUCUUCUUCGGUGCUUUCGGUGCCUCGUGAUCACCGGUCUUGUAUCGAGGUGGAGAAGAUGGAAGAGAAUUUAGGAGGCCUGUUGAGGAGAGAGAGAAAGAAGACGGAGCGCGCAGUCUUCUCCGGGCAGAGAAAGGUACGACGAACGCCUUGCUGAGUCGGUUCUCCCUUUUGUUUUUCUAUACAAGAGAAAAAAAGAAAUACGUAGACAUUACAGUAGAGAAGGAACUCUGAAAGCAUAUAUAGAGAAUGAGAACGCACCCUAUCCCCCAGCUACGUACUUACUUGGCUAGCCUCCGUGGAGCGAAAUUUUCUCUCGGGGUUCAGCCUGUGACUGAUUCCUAGAACGUAAAAAAAAUGUAUAUUGUUAAUCGGGUGCUACACAAUGAGCCAUUAUCGCACGCGACGAACGCACGAAUUGGCGUGAUACUGCCAUGGACAGAGCCACGUUUUAUUACGUGGUAACGAGUAGACUAGUUAAAUGGGCCGAAACUGAAGGAUUAAUGGUCGUAUGGCCGGCCAAUCGAAUUUAUCAACCACGACAACCAGUACUAAUUAAUCGAAUUAAUUGAUCGAACUUUGAAAGAAGGAAGUAAGUGACUUUGCCAAGCUGCGAAACGAGUUAACGUCGUGGAGUUCACCAAUUGUAUGACGGCGAAGAUUAAUCGCUCUAAAACAUCGAUGAAGAUUUAGCUGAUCUUACCAUAUAUGGCUGAGCCAUAGCUUUUCAUAUAUGUGAAUUUUCAAGUUCAGCUAACAUCUUCCUCCGUUCUAUUUCAAUACAUUGUACGGAGGAAAAAAACGAUGAAGCGAUUUCCAGAUAACCACUUUAUCGUUCUCGAUGGUUGAGUCGUUUAAUCUUCAACGUCACACGAAUAAAGUUUUUCUUGCUUCCUUCGUGUGAUUGCAAAAAAAUGGAAAUUUAAAGAGGCGCAAAAUUUCGCGACCUUUUCGUGGUCAAACAACGAACAACGUGUCUCUCGCGCGAUUGCGGACUUCAAGUAUAUCUACGAUAUCCAUAAUUUGAUAUCGGGCUCAAAUUGUAAGUAACUCUGGCGUACACACAUCAAUUAUUUUUUUUUUUUUUUUGUAUCGCUUACUUCGACAGAUUCAACAGUAUUUGUGAGCACUUUACUUUUCAAACGAGUUAGCUUCGACGUUAUUAGUGCCGACUUUAUUAAAAUGUCAAAGUUUUUCGUGGAAAGAAUAGAGAUUAGUCAUUGGCCAUUAGAUAGAUUUGUAACUUUUUUUUAAUCUAUAAUAUGAAUUUUAUGAAAAAAAAAUUAGCAUAAUUCUCGAUUUAUUAGUCAUUAGAUAUUUGUAACUUUUUUUUUAAAUCUAUAAUAUGAAUUUUAUAAAAAA